UGUCAUGUUGGAAAGCGCAAUCCAAUCCGCUUUUAUGUUUCACAUUACAGAAUAGUGAAUCCGAUAAUCAGAAGAUGGCGACAGCUGAGUCGGAAUCAAGUUUGAAUCCCCCUAAUUCCGAGGCGAAAAAAAGUGAAACUGGUCAAGAAGUUGUAAAUCCUGAAGAUUACAUCAAACAUCCACUACAAAAUAGAUGGGCUCUGUGGUUCUUUAAGAAUGACAAAACAAAAACCUGGCAAGCAAACCUCCGUCUCAUCUCCAAGUUUGACACAGUGGAAGACUUCUGGGCUCUGUAUAAUCACAUCCAACUAUCAAGUAACUUGAUCUCUGGCUGUGACUACUCACUUUUCAAGGAUGGUAUCGAGCCCAUGUGGGAGGACGAGAGGAACAAGCGUGGUGGCAGGUGGCUCAUCACACUUUCCAAACAGCAGCGCAGGGCCGACCUCGACCGCUUCUGGCUGGAAACGCUCCUGUGCCUAGUGGGCGAAGCCUUCGAUGACCACAGUGACGAUGUAUGCGGGGCAGUAGUUAACAUCCGAACGAAAGGAGACAAACUUGCAAUAUGGACAACAGACUACGAAAACAAGGAUGCUAUUACACACAUAGGACAAGGGUGGAAGGAGAGGUUAGGCGUGCCGCACAAGGUGAUCAUCGGAUAUCAAUCACACGCGGACACUGCCACCAAGAGUGGUUCCACCACCAAGAACAAGUUUGUUGUCUAAGGAGUUUUUUUUGUUGGUUGGUUGUUUUUCCUUUCCGUUUCCAUGGCGUUUGUUGAAAUGCUGUUGCGAAGUUUAAUCUGCUACCCAAUUGAAACCAAAGCUUCAACGCAGACAAUUGCCUUUAUUCAAUCAAUUGCAAUAUGAUUUCACAACAAAAUGGUCUCAUUCAUAUUUGCCCUGAAACAAACCUAUACCUUCGAUGAAGGGUGGGAAUAACCAUGAGAAUUGAAAUACCCCCCAAAAAGUUAUCCAUGUUCUUUUUUUUAUGCGCCAUUUCCCUUUUCUUACUGAGGAUAUACUAGGAGGCUUUUUGUUGAUAUAUUUUAUGUUUAACAGCAUCACACUCGUAGCUGCCAGGGAUUUGUCUCCGUAAGCGUGUUUUCGGGAUGCCUAAUUCCAAACUAAAAAAAAAUAUAUAUAUAUAUAUUAGUACCAGUACCAGUCAAAAGUUUGGACACAUCUACUCAUUCAAGGGUUUUUCUAUAUUUGUACUAUUUUCUACAUUGUAAAAUAAAAGUGUAGAUAUCAACUAUAAAAUAACACAUGGAAUCAUGUAGUAACCAAAAAAGUGUUAAACAAAUCAAAAUAUAUUUUAUAUUUAAGAUUCUUCAAAGUAGCCACCCUUUGCCUUGAUGACAGCUUUGCAUACUCUUGCCAUUCUCUCAACCAGCUUCAUCUGGAAUGCUUUUUUUUCAUCUGGAAUGCAGUCUAGAAGGAGUUCCCACAAAUGCUGAGGACUAUAAUGCUUUUUUGGAAUGUAAAAUUGCCUUCAGUGUAAACUUAAACAGCAAAAACCAAAUAAGGAUGUAGAAAAUAUAAAAUGUUAUUUAUUUAUUUAAUAUAAUCUAUCAGUCAUCAAAAUAAUUGCUGAACAGUCAGGAGAAUAAAAAAAAAUUCCCAACUCAUCCCAAACCAUCUCAAUUGGGUUGAGGUCAGGUGAUUGUGGAAGCCAGAUCAUCUGAUGCAGCACUCCAUCACUCUCCUUGGUCAAAUAGCCCUUACACAGCCUGGAGGUGUGUUGGGUCAUUGUCCUGUUGAAAAACAAAUGAUAGUCCCACUAAGCGCAAACCAGAUAGGAUGGCGUAUUGCUGCAGAAUAUUGUCGAAGCCCUGCUGGUUAAGCGUGCCUUGAAUUCUUAAUAAAUCACUGACUGUCACCAGCACCACUGUCACACCACCACCUCCAUGCUUCACGGUGCGAACCACACAGGCAAAGAUAAUCUGUUCACCUACACUUUGUCUCACAAAGACACAGCGUUUGGAUGCAAAAAUCUCAAAUUUGGACUCAUCAGAUGAAAGGACAGAUUUUCACUGGUCUAAUGUCCAUUGCUUGUGUUUCUUGGCCCAAGCAAGUCUGUUCUUCUGUUUGGCGAAGGCCUGAUUCACACAGUCUCCUCUGAACAGUUGAUGUUGAGAUGUGUCUGUUACUUGAACUCUGUGAAGCAUUUAUUUGGGCAGCAAUUUCUGAGGCUGUUAACUAAGGAACUUAUCCUCUGCUGCAGAGGUAACUCUGGGUCUUCCUUUCCUGUGGCGGUCCUCAUGAGAGCCAGUUUAAUAAUAGUGCUUGAUGGUUUUUGCGACUGCACUUGAAGACACUUUCAAAGUUCUUGAUAUUUUCCGGAUUGACUGACGGUCUUAAAGUAAUGAUGGACUGUCAUUUCUCUUUGCUUAUUUGAGCUUUUCUUGCCAUAAUAUGGACUUGGUCUUUAACCAAAUAGUCUUAUCUUAUGUAAACCACCCAUACCUUGACACAACACAACUGAUUGGCUCAAAUGCAUUAAGGAGGAAGGAAAUUCUACAAAUGAACUUUAACAAAGCACACCAGUUAAUUGAAAUCCAUUCCAGGUAACUACAUCAUGAAGCUGGUUGAGAGAAUGCCAUGAGUGUGCAAAGCUGUCAUCAAGGCAAAGGGUGGCUACUUUAAAGAAUGUCAAAUGUAAAUGAUAUUUUAUUGGUUAUUACAUGAUUCUAUAUGUUAUUUCAUAGUUUCUAUGUCUUCACUAUUAUUCUACAAUGUAGAAAUACAAAACCCCUGGAAUGAGUAGGUGUGUCCAAACUUUAGACUGGUAGUGUAUGUGUAAAAUGUAGAGAGAGAUCUACGAGAUGAAAGUUGACCGAUACUAUAGUUUGCUUUCAGUAAAAUGUUCUCAACCUUUGGUAUUGCAGAUCUAUUUGGUGUUAUUUUUAUUUCUCUCACAAUAUUGUAUUCUUCAUGUAAACCUGUAUUGUUUUUUAAAAGCAUUUUCUAAGCGCAUCAAGAUGCUUUAAUAAAGUGUAUGUAAAACUGUACUUGUAUUCAUUGGAGGUGUAUUAGGUGUAACUGAAUGCCUUGUUUUGGCACCUUGUCCUGCUCCUAUGAACAUGGUACAAAAGAUGACUGUAAAUAAAUGUAAAGUAUGUUGUCUUGAAGCUAGAAAUUGAGAGAUUAUUCUGUUUAAAUGGAUGUUGAUGCCUGUAGUCUUGUUCAAAACUACUGUUUCAGAGAAGCGUUCUUCGUCUGUAUCAAGUCCCACCAGACUCAUUCACAGUGCAAUUGUAUGCCCAAAAAGGGGAUAAAGGUAUUUGAUUUAUUUUCCAUGAGAUAAACCUCUUAAUGAUGCACUCCAGGAUCUUAAGCACAAAAAAUGUGUAACAUGUCAUUUGAAUUCGAAUCAUAACAAAUCACCCAAAUAGAUUUUUUUUGCUGGAUGUAAUAUAAGAUAUUGAUGACUUGGUGCACAAUUUGACAUACUACACAAAAAACAGGGACCACUUUUAGCUCCUGACCACCACUUUCAAAACUACUGGUUGGCUGAAAUUAUACUGAAGUUUCAGAGUGGGUUCAUUCUCAUUUUCAUGCAAAUAUUCAAACAUCCGCAGAAGGAAAAUGUGGUGUUUCUACAAAAGACUUGCUGUGGAUAAAAGUCCGUGUGUGAUGAUGUAGUGCACACAAAAUGUACUCUUUUGCUUAAGUUUUCAUUUUCCAAAUAAAAAUCUGCUGCUCCUU